AUGGUUAUCAACAAGAGCAGUACCAGCACCAGCACAAGCACCAGCACAAGCACCAGCACAAGCACUAGGACCAACACCGGGACCAGCACCAACACCAGCACCGGGACCAGCACCAACACCAACACCGAGACUAGCACCGAUACCAACACCAGCACCGGCACCAACAACGGCACCGAGACCAGCACCGGCACCAAAACCAGCACCGAGACCAGCACCGAGACCAGCAUCAACACCGGGACCAGAACCGGCACCAACACAAGCACCGAGACCAACACCGGCACCAACACCAGCACCAACACCAGCACCGGCACGAGCAUCAACACCGGGACCAGCACCGGCACCAAUACCAGCACCGAGACCAGCACCGGCACCAAAACCAGCACCGAGACCAGCACCGAGACCAGCACCGGCACCGGCACCAGCAUCAACACCGGAACCAGCACCGGCACUAACACCAGCACCGACCAGCAUCGGGACCAAAACCACACCGGCACCGGCACCGGCACCAGCACCAGCACCGGCACCAACACAAGCACCGAGACCAGCACCGGCACCAACACCAGCACCGGCACCAACACCAGUACUGGGACCAGCACCAGCACCAACACCAGUACUGGGACCAGCCCAGGCAUCAGUACCAAUACCAACACCAACACUGCCACCGGGGCCAGCACCAGCACCGAGACCAGCACCGGGACCAGCACCGAGACCAGCUCCGGGACCAGCAUCAGCAUCGAGAACAGCACCGGGACCAGCAUCAACAUCGAGACCAGCACCGGCACCAACACCAGCACCGAGACCAGCACCACACCAGCACCAGCACCGGCACCAGCGCCACCACCAGCACCGGGACCAGCACCAGCACCGAGACCAGCACCGGCACCAACACCAGCACCGAAACCAGCACCAACCAGCACCAGCACCGGCACCAACACCGAGACCAGCACCAGCGCCACCACCAGCAUCGGCACCGGCACCAGCACCGAGACCAGCACCAGCACCGGCACCAACACCGAGACCAGCACCAGCACCGGCACCAACACCAGCACCAGCACCAGCGCCAGCACCAACACCGGGACCAGCACCAGCACCGGCACCAGCACCGAGACCAGCACCAGCACCGGCACCAACACCAGCACCGGCACCAGCACCAGCACCAGCACCAGCACCAACACCGGGACCACCACCAGCACCGGGACCAGCACCAGCACCGGCACCAACACCGGGACCAGCGCCACCACCAGCACCGGGACCAGCACCAGCACCGGCACCAGCACCGAGACCAGCACCAGCACCGGCACCAGCACCAGCACCAACACCAGCACCGAGACCAGCACCGGCACCAACACCAGCACCGGCACCAACACCAGUACUGGGACCAGCACCAGCACCAACACCAGUACAAGGACCAGCCAAGGCAUCAGUACCAAUACCAACACCAACACUGCCACCGGGGCCAGCACCAGCACCGAGACCAGCACCGGGACCAGCACCGAGACCAGCUCCGGGACCAGCAUCAGCAUCGAGAACAGCACCGGGACCAGCAUCAACAUCGAGACCAGCACCGGCACCAACACCAGCACCGAGACCAGCACCAGUACCAGCACCAGCAUCAACACCGGGACCAGCACCAGCACCAGCACCAGCACCAGCACCGAGACCAGCACCAGUACCAGCACCAGCAUCAACACCGGGACCAGCACCAGCACCAGCACCAGCAUCAACACCGGCACCAGCACCAGCACCAGCACCGGCACCAGCGCCACCACCAGCACCGGGACCAGCACCAGCACCAGCACCAGCACCAGCACCGAGACCAGCACCAGCACCAGCACCAGCAUCAACACCGGCACCAGCACCAGCACCAGCACCGGCACCAGCACCAGCACCAGCACCGGCACCAACACCGAGACCAGCACCAGCGCCACCACCAGCACCGGGACCAGCACCAGCAUCGGCACCGGCACCAGCACCGAGACCAGCACCAGCACCGGCACCAACACCGAGACCAGCAUCAGCACCGGCACCAACACCAGCACCAGCACCAGCACCAGCGCCAGCACCAACACCGGGACCAGCACCAGCACCGGCACCAGCACCGAGACCAGCACCAGCACCGGCACCAACACCAGCACCGGCACCAGCACCAGCACCAGCACCAACACCGGGACCACCAUCAGCAGCGGGACCAGCACCAGCACCGGCACCAACACCGGGACCAGCGCCACCACCAGCACCGGCACCAGCACCGAGACCAGCACCAGCACCGGCACCAGCACCAGCACCACCAUUGAUGAAGAUUUGAGUUCAACACUAGGGAAGGAUGCCCUUUCCAAUGCAACUGUAAAGAGGUGGGCAGCAGAGUUUAAGCGUGUCAGGAAGAGCAUGUCCUGGAAGGCCUGUGACGGUCAGCAACUCCAGAAAUCGUCCAGAGACUCCACGACAUGGUAA